AUGCCCGUCAUAAAACCGCUGAGUUCCGACUCGCACGAGGCACCGAGUCAAUAUAAGCAGCCAUCCAGAAAAGGCAAGAAGGCCUGGAGAAAAAAUGUCGACGUGACCGAGGUGCAGAAGGGUCUGGAGGACUUGAACGAGGAAAUUAUUCAAGGUGGUGUGAUUCGUGAACGAGACUCUGCAGACCUGUUCGCCGUCGACGUCAAAGGUGACUCGCAAAUUUCGAAAAAGUUGCCGAAACAUGCCAAAAAGACCCUCAAGGCCGAUGAAAUUCUCAACAAGCGAUCUGCUGUCCCGGCCGUCCCCAUGCGCAAGCGAGCAAGCGACAAGACGACCAACGGCUUGCUUCCCGUGAAGCGUCUGCGCACCGACUGGGUAUCGCACAAGGACCUGGCAAGGCUCAAGCGAGUCGCCGACGGCCAGCACGAUACCACGAUCCAGGUCAAUGACGCCACAUUUGACCUGUGGGAAGCGCCCAAAGAAGAGAAGCCCGAAGUCAAUCUCGACCACACAAAAUUAACCGUCAAGACGCCCAAGACCAUGAAGCAAGCGCCCAUCUCCCUGGUCGCCAGCGGCAAGGCCGUGCCGGCCGUCCAAAGGCCGUCCGGUGGCUACAGCUAUAACCCUGUCUUCACCGACUACGAAGAGCGCCUGGCGACCGAGGGCGAGAAGGCGGUCGAGGAUGAAAAGAAGCGCCUCGCGGCCGAGGAAGCCGCCCGGCUGAGGCAGGAAGCGGCCGCCAAGUCCGCCGCCGAGGCCGAGGCGGCUGAGGAGCGCGCCAACAUGUCCGAGUGGGAGGAGGACUCGGAGUGGGAAGGAUUCCAGAGUGGCGUCGAGGACACCGGCAGCAGCAGCGCGGCAGCGGCGAAGCGACCCAAGCGCAAGACGCAGGCCCAGCGCAACCGCAUCCUCCGACGCCGCCAGGAGGAGCAGCUUGCCAAGCACAAGGCCGCCACCAAGGCACGCCGCAUCCAAGAGGCGCGCAUUCGCGAAAUCGCCGAGGAGCUCGACAGCUCGGAGCGCGCCGCGCUCGAGGCGUUGCUGCGCGCCGGGGACAGCGACAGCGAAGGCGAGCUGCCCGGCACCGGGGAGAAGCUGCGCCGGCGGCAGCUCGGCAAGUACAAGCUGCCGGAGCGCGAUCUCGAGCUCGUGUUGCCCGACGAGCUGCAGGAUUCGCUGCGUCUACUCCGGCCGGAAGGGAACUUGCUCAAGGACCGCUAUCGCAGCCUGCUCGUCCGCGGCAAGGUCGAGAGCCGCAGGCACAUUCCGUUCCACAAGCAGGCCAAGCGCAAGACGACGGAGAAGUGGACGCACAAGGACUUUGUUUUGUAA